AUGGUUUACCAAAUUCAAACGUCUACACCGUGUCGACCAGGAAUUCCCAGUGCAUCCGAUUACAUUUUUCCAGCCUCUCCGACAUGUCGUGGAGGAGCGGUGGUGCCGCCGCCUCAUUCAAUCCUGAAAAAACAGCCAUUUUCAAUCGGCAGCAAUGACAUGAUUUCAAGUCAAACAUCCGAUGCGAACACCAUUUCCAGCGGAAGCUCGCUGAACUCGGAAAUGACCAGGCUGAGAAUCGCUCAACGACUUUUGACAACGAUGGUGGUGGCGACAGGAGUCUCAUCAGUGAUGAGCUUACAAUUCUUCCUCCAAGUAAAUUGGAGCACGUUGAUCUCAAAAUUCGUAACUCUUAAGGAAUUCUAUCAAACCGCUAGCGAAGUCGGUGAGACGCUUGACAUUGCCGUCGUGAUAUGCUCGACAUCGGCAUUCUUCAUCUCUCUGCUCCAAUUGUUUUUCGUCCUGAAACUACAGAAAUCGCAAAGUACCAGUCCAUCAGCUGCAUUGGAGUAUCUGGAACGAUCAAGCUUCAUGCGCUUAGUGAUCUACUCGUUUUGGUUUCUUGCUGUGAUGCUAAUGAUGGCAGCCGUUCUCCUCCUCUGCGCUUUGAAUCCUUCGCGAGGAACGAUUUCCAAAGGGGUUGGCCUAUCGCUGGGUGUUUCCGCGAUGUUGUUUUGUUCGGUAGCCACGCUGAAGACAAUUCUUUUCUGGACCCGAUCCUCACCGUCACCCACCACUGCCGAGAACUACAAGAACUUUUCCACGCUAGUAUAG